AUGGGAACUCUUCCUUCCAGGAUUGGGAAGGUAUUUUCGGAUUCCCAGUCCAUACAAGCAAGAGCUGAGGCUGUGAUGCUUCUUAAUCAGUUAAAUUUCCCGGUUGAGACUCUGAAGCUUAAAUUGUUUGAAAAGUUGGAACAGUUCCUUUUGGAUUUGCAUUUUGAAUCCAAGGACCUAAAAGCUGCUUCAGCAGAUGAUGAACUUCCUAACCAAGGAAAAGUCGAUGUUUCAGCUUUUGCUGCUGCUCAUGAAGCUUCUAUUCGUGAAUUUGCGGAAGCUCUUCGUGCUUAUAGAGUUAUCUUUUCGCAUUCAGAACCACAGCUAUUUAAACUUGCACAAGACCUUGUUAUGAAGGAAUUUGAAGCCGCUUAUCAACAUAUUAAGAAGCAGCUCCGCUCUGCAGAUAUUCUGGCAAUCCUUCGAGUCAUUUGGACUGAUGUGCUCCUACUUGAUGAAGUGUUACCUGGGGCUGCCCUUCCUGAUUUUACUCUACAGGCUGCUCUUAUUGCUGUCAAAGAUUAUAUCACCAGUGCAGUAAGUUAUCUUUUACUUGAUAUUUCAGAUGCUUUCUCAAAAAUCCAAGUUAUGCAAAAGGAGGGAACAGAGGAAGUAUACCCUUUGAAGGCAGCCUUCGAGGCCAGCAAAAAGGCAGUUAUCCAAGGCAGUAUGGAUGUCUUAUUGGACUUCCAUCACCUUCUCAUUGAAAACUCUGAAUUAUUACUGGCGUUGAAAGGUUUUGCAAUGGACUGGGUCCAAGAAGCGUUUCAAGAUUUCUUCAGGAAAGUUCAUGACUAUUUCCUCUUGCUUUGUGGAAAGAGUAACUCUGCCAGUCAAGAUCGAAAUCCAAUAGAGGGAAUACCAGGUGACAAAGUUCCUGCUGGGCUUGUUCUUGUAGUAGCUCAGUUAUGCCAUUUUAUUGCAAAAAGUGCCAUCCCAAGAAUUUCUGAGGCAAGGAAUCAACUCUGA